AUGAAAGUUUUUGAAGCUCAUAAAGCUGAUGCUUGUAAAAGAGUUGACGCAAAUAUGAUAUAAGGUAAAAAUAAUUUGGGAAUAGUUAGACACUAAUUCUUAUAAACUUACACUUCCUCAUUCUUCAUUAGUCCCUUAACUUAUAGGGAAUGA